CCCGUCAAGGAAGACUGCUGGAGGUAGGACAGAGGCAGAGGUGAUUGAAAGCUUCCAGCAGUCAGACUUCUAUAAGCACGAAAUGGCCGAGUUCUGGGACAGCGGUUGGAAAAUGUUCAAGCGCAGAGCUGAAGAGCUGUUCCCACACUUGGACCUGAGUAGUGUGACAAUAGGCGAAGAUGAUGUGGCCCAGACCCCCCUGGACGAAGGCGUUGAAGAAGAGGAUUUGGCAUCCAGCGAGGAGGAGUAGCCAAGGAGAAGAAAAACUGGGCGUGCUCUGUGUUUGUUUUUUUUUGUUAAACUUGUAAACACAUUGUAAAGGAAUGAGUGAAUGAAUGAAGGUAUGGAGAAUUUAACUGUAAUGAAGUUGUGUACAAAGAUUAUUUAAUUGUAAUGGAUGAAUGUAUAACCAGUUGAAUUUUGUGUAUUUUGCUUAUGUUGCCAGCAUGAAUGAAAUGUUGUGAUUAAAAUUGGUCAUAAAGAUUGGGUCAAUAAAUUGGAGUUGUAUGAAAUUUGAAAAGAUAAUGGAAAAAUUGGAGUAAGAGGCAGGUUGUAAAUUGUAACUAAAUAGUUGGCAAAUAAUCUGAUCAGUAAGUGAAAUACGUGAGGGUAUGUGGAGAAUUUAACUAGGUAAAGACGUGGUCCUGGAACUGUGAAGAAGCUUCAGAAUGUGACUAAGUGUUGAAAAUGUGGUUCUGCUUUGAAGUGCUCAGUCAGGCUGAGGCAGUUGAAAUGCUCGGUCUGGCCGAGGCUUUUGAAGUGCUCGGUCUGGCCGAGGCUUUUGAAGUGCUCAGUCUGGCUGAGGCUUUAAAG